GCUGUCAUCUACCGAUUGUCUAUAUCCAUUACAGAUUGCCUGCUUUCUGCAUAACAUGAACAGGAAUUAUUAUUUUUCAGUGUUAUACCUAUAGAUGAAUCUGAAGAAACUCCUAAUGGCAUAUCUGACGAACAAACUACUGGAGAUAGUCCACAAAGCAAUCUACCAGUUUUAGAACCAGGCGAUCAGUUACUCAUCAACUCGUCGAAAUCAAACCAAACUCAAGAUAUGAACUUGUUCGAAACUCAUGAAGUGCAAAAACGGAACGUACUCGAUAAAAUUACGGACCGAGGGAAAGAAAUCAUGAGUAUAAUAUAUCCGCCUUACGAAGAAGAGAGGAAUGAGCAGAAAUUCGACGAUUCCGAGAGGAAGAAAGCGCAGAAAUACGCUAUGUCAAAUGACCAAGUGUUGUUGACUGAAGCGUUUGGUAUUAAGCCUAGUGAUAUAAGCAGAAAUGUAAGUCAACCUACCCCGUUAGCUCAGGUGGUCGAGGGAAGAGUUAUUACGGAGAGCACGAAAGAUGCAUUGGAGGGUUUAGAAGGAAACUCGAAACUGUGGAUAGGGAAAGACUACACAAAUUUCAUCGUUAAAGACUUUAAUAGUUUAGAUCUGCCGUUUGUAGACUUAGUUGAUCGGAACACAACGCCUAGAAUGCCUUGGCAUGACAUCGGUGUCGUUGUACAACGAGAAGCCGCUAGAGAUAUUGCGAGACAUUUUAUACAGCGAUGGAAUGCUAUAAAGUUAGAGAAAGCAAGGCAAAACCCGAACUAUCCGUAUCUGUUGCCAAAAUCGUACAAUGAUAUUAAACCACUACGUGAUUUCGAAGCGCUGUUAGGCGUUGACAUCACCAACGUGUCAUGUCAGGUGUUGCGCAGUGUAUCGAGCUGGUCGUGCGGCUUCCUGGACCCGGACACGGUGGAGCAGAGCAUCCACGAGGCGUACGUGGACACCAUCACCAGAGCGCAGCACUAUGUCUACAUAGAGAACCAGUUCUACAUCACCCUGUCCCGCACCAACCCGUACGUGAGGAAUCAGAUAGGCGAGGCGCUGUUCAACCGUAUAAUGCGGGCGCACCGGUCCGGCGACAAGUUCCGUGUAUUGGUGGUGAUGCCGCUGCUGCCGGGGUUCGAGGGCGAGGUGGGCGCGCCGUCCGGCACCUCGCUGCACGCCGUCACGCACUGGAACUACCAGAGCAUAUCCAGGAGUCGCGAAGCCAUCCUCACUCGCCUCUACGAGGCCGGCGUGGAGGAUCCUUCAGAGUACAUCACGUUUCACGGUCUCCGCACCCACUCGGUGUUGGAAGGAGAACCGGUCACUGAACUAGUGUACGUGCACUCGAAACUGUUGAUCGCCGAUGACAAGACUAUACUCUGUGGCAGUGCUAACAUCAAUGACAGAUCUAUGAUCGGGAAGAGGGACUCUGAGAUCGCCGUUUUAUUGCAGGAUGAACAGUUUGUAGACGGCACCAUGAACGGUCAAGCGUUUCCUUGCGGUCGCGUCGCGGGGGCGCUGAGGAAACGACUGUUUAGAGAACACUUAGGCCUCAUGGAGGAAGACUUGGACGUGCUCAGGGUCAAUAUAGAUGACCCGUGCAGCGACCACUUCCAUAGGAACGUAUGGAAGGCCACGUCUAAACGGAACACCGAUUUGUAUGAAGAGGUAUUCCACUGUCUACCCACCGAUUCCGUCCACACAUUUGCUGAAUUGAAACGUUACCAAGAGGAGAACUGUCAGACCCUGUGGCACACGGACAGAGCGCUCGCCAACAGGAAGAUAGACCUAAUACAAGGUCACUUGGUAGAUCUGCCACUCGAUUUCCUCUGCAACGAGGUACUGACGCCGAGGAACACUUCGAUGGAGGGAAUGAUGCCGACCUCGUUGUGGACAUGAGUAUUUUUCUCCCUUUUUUUACAUAGGAUUUGUUAGCUAUCAAUCAACUUCUACAUGCUCUGUCCUACUCUAUGACAUUAAAAAUACGUAAGUUAGAGCAAGACAGACAACGAAACAGUCUACGAUAAAGUCCGCUUUCAUGAAAUAUUUACAGCAUAACGUGCGUGUGAUUAUAAGGGUUCUCGGUUCGAGAUAAUUUUAUAUUAAUAUAUUUUCCGAA